AUGUUCCUGUCCCGAGCCUUGCGAAAAAUCCUCAGCGAGAAGGACACUCGAAAGUUCCCAAAGCUGCGCGAGGCCUGCGACAGCGCUCUCGUCCACUUCCCGAAGCAGGCUCGCCCGCCACUUGAUCUGGACGCGCAACUCGCUCAAACUGCCACGGCUGCAAACCAGGCGGACGUCGAUGUGGAAAUCGCUGCUCAGGAGAAGAAGACGGGCAUUCAUAUUGCAGCGAGCGACAAUGACUUGGAAAUCACACCGGCGUCCCCGAUGCCGCCGCCCACCUCAAAGGACAACUUUGUCAACGCCGACAAGUACUUUUUGCCCUUCCAGCUGGCAUGCGAGACUCAGAAUGUCAAAAUCACAGUCACCACCCUGGAUUGUUUGCAGAAACUGAUCGCUUAUGGACACUUGCGUGGAGACUUGCCGCUCAAGUCCAACCCAAACAAGAAGCUCAUCGACCUCAUCGUUGAAUCCAUUUGCAGCUGUUUCAUCAACGACAGCACGGAUGAGCAAGUCCAGUUGCAAAUCAUCAAGGCUUUGCUCACAGCAGUCACAUCCAACACUUGCGAAAUUCACGAUGCUGCCCUGUUAAAAGUCGUGCGCACCUGUUACAAUAUUUUCUUGGCGAGCAGAAAUAUUGUCAACCAAACCACGGCCAAGGGCACGCUAACUCAAAUGCUGAAUGUGAUCUUUUUGCGCUUGGAGCAACAAGGAAUUUCCACCUCGAUUGAUGCCAGCCACUCCAUCAGUGCCAAUGGUGGGGAGGAUGAUGACGAUGGAGAGGACGGUGGAGCUUCGACAUCCAUUGCCGCCCAGGAGUUGGCCGCUACGUUUGCCGCUGCUGAGCAAGCUGCCGCGGCCGCGGCUGCUGCUGCGGCUGCAGCUGCAACUGUCGUCGACACGCCUGCACAACCAUCUACUUCAGAGGAAUCGCAGGCGAGCGCGGAAGGUGCAGAACCCUCAGAGGACGCGCCCGCUUCUCCCGAACAGCCUGCAGCUUCAGUCGGCGACUCGGGGAACGAACCCGCGGCGGAACCCACGCAAGAAUCUGCUGCCCCUGUUGACAACGCUCCAGCUGACGCUAGCGCGACACCCGCCCCUGUCACCCCAGCCAAAACCACCCCCAUCACCCUCAAGCCUCCACAAGCUGGCGCGCAGCCUGGCAAGUAUGGCUACUGCAUCGUCUGUGGUAUUCCGGCCAACCAUUGGUGCGCGCAGACCCGCGAACCCGUGUGCAGUGUGGAAUGCAAACGCCUCUAUCUCGACCACAUUCAAACGGCCGAGGCAACUGCUGGCAACGCCGAUCCGUCGGGUCAAGACUUGCCUGCGGGCGUGCGCUUUGCUCACGUGGCCCAGCGAGACGCCUACCUUGUCUUCCGCUCGCUGUGCCGGCUGUCGAUGCGCCCAUUGCCAGAGAACCACGUGGACAACCGCUCAAAUGAGCUGCGAUCCAAAAUCCUCUCGCUCGAGCUGCUCCUCAACAUUUUGCAAAAUGCUGGCCCCGUCUUCCAGUCAUCCGAGAGUCUGAUCAACGCCAUUCGCAACUACCUUUGCUUGUCCCUGAGCAAGAACGGUGUUUCACCCGUCCCGAUCGUGUUUGAGCUGUCGCUGUCCAUCUUCCUCACCAUUCUGUCGCUGUUCAAGGCACAUCUCAAGCCGCAGCUGGAAAUUUUCUUCAAGGACAUCUUCCUCAACAUUCUGUCCUCGCCAUCGAGCGCCUUCCAGCACAAGUGGAUGAUUAUGCUCGCCAUGAGCAAGAUCUGCGCCGACCCGCAGAUUGUCGUCGAUCUCUAUGUCAACUACGACUGCGAUCUGACCAUGGAGAACAUUUUCGAGAAACUCGUCAACGACCUCGCGCGCGUGGCGCAAGGCCGCAACCAGACCGAGCUCGGUGCCACCCCCGCACAGCAGCAAGCAAUGAAGGUGAAGGGCUUGGAGACGGUGGUGACCAUCCUCCACUGCUUGGUCGAGUGGACGCGCGAGCUCGAGAACGAGCGCACUCAGACAAUCGAUGCGCGGCUGAUGCAAAACCUCGCGGGAGGCGAUCAAGCCGCUGGUGCCGGUGCGAACGUGGCGCUGUCGGCUUCUUCUGCCGCCGCCGAGACGGCCUCCAUCCACUCGAACGACGGCACCAACGGCACGACGACGAGCGUGCCCAUGUCCCAAUCGCCCAGCAGCAGCAACCUCACGCAGAGCCACAACAACCUGGUUCUGCCCUCGAGCGCGCAGCAGACGCCUGCGCUCGUCCCUUCUUCGGGCGCUGGCACUCCGUCGACCAACGGUGGCAGUGUGACGCCUGUCGACUUUGAGACGCUCAAGCGCACCAAGGAAAUUCUCGAGGAGGGUCUUGCUCGGUUUAUCGAAAAGCCCCGCAAGGCAAUCCAAUUCCUGCAACAGCAAGGUGUAGUGGGCCAAACCGCGCCCGAGGUUGCCCACUUUUUGAUGACCAACGAGCGCCUCAGCCGGACGGCCAUUGGCGAGUUCUUGGGCGAUGCCGAUGCUUUCUGCAUCGAAGUCAUGUACGCGUAUGUGGACCACCAGGCCUUCAACAACCUGUCGCUGGUCGAGGCCCUGCGCAAGUUCCUCGAGGGCUUCCGUCUGCCAGGCGAGGCCCAGAAAAUUGACCGUCUGAUGGAAAAGUUUGCCCAACGCUACUGCAAGGACAACCCCGAAAACCCUUACUUUAGCAAUGCUGAUACGGCCUAUGUCUUAGCAUUCAGCGUCAUCAUGCUGACCACCGAUCUGCACAGCCGUCACAUCCAGAAGAAGAUGACCAAGGCCGAGUUUGUGCGCAACAACCGCGGCAUUAACGACUCGAAGGAUUUGCCGAAAGAAUACCUGGAAUCCAUCUACGACGAGAUUGCCAAGCAGGGCAUUCGCAUGCGUUCGGAAAAGCCGGGCAAGGUUGCUGUGCAUGGCGGUGACUUGCUGUCCGAGAAACAGCGCAAGGACUUGUACAACAAGGAAAUGGAGUACAUGCUCGAGGCUGCCGAGGCCAGCCUGAAGGACAAGGUCCGCCACACCAAGCCCUUCAUUCUCGCCACGUCUGCCGAGCACGCCAAGCACAUGUUCAAGGUUGCCUGGACGUCCAUGCUUGCGUCGCUUUCGAUUCCGCUCAAGAACAGCGACGACCCUUACAUUGUGUCGUUGUGCCUGGAUGGUUUCCGCUAUGCCAUCCACACUGCGUGCAUCUUUGCUCUCGAUCUGGAACGCGACGCCUUCGUUCAGUCCCUGGUCAAGUUCACGCCCGGUAUCGGCGGCGUGGUGGACAUUAAGCCCAAAAACAUCGAAACCAUCAAGACCUUGGUGCAGAUUGCCCGCACGGACGGCAACUUUUUGAAGCAGUCGUGGCAUCCCAUUCUCAAGGUCAUCUCGCAGCUCGACUUGGGUCAAGUGAUUGGCACCGCGCCGCUCGCAGGCAACACGCCUGCUGCCGCUCCCUCUGCUGCUGCUCGAUUUGUCGGCAUGUUCACGGGCCUUGGUCAGUCUUCGACCGACCUGCGUGGUCCAAACAGCCCUGCAUCGCGUCGCUCGCUCGUCGGAACCGGCGGUGCUUCCUCUGGCAGCGCAUCUGUUGGCGCGGGUGGUGCGGGUUCGGUGCCAGGUGGCGCCGGCGCAGGGUUGAGUGGUCAAGGCGCUGGGCACCCCAGCGCGCUUGGCGGGUUGCUGUCGCAGUCGGGCUCACAGCUCAUGUCGUCGGCUGCGUCGUACGCGGCGUCCGCAAUUGCCGCGGCAAACGCAUCCGCAGCUGCAGGUGCCUCCAUCUACCAAACCACCUUCUUGCAAGGGCCGAACGUGGUGGAUGCUCAGCCUGUGCAGGCGCGUCCUCUCGCUCAGUCCAUCUUUUCAGAGCAUAGUGUGCGAAGUGAGCAUUCGGUUUUGGCUCAGCAAUCGAAUGCUGCUGCUGCUGCUGCCGCCGCCGCUGCCGCCGCCGCUUCUUCGUCCAGCUUGUCGCCCUCACACUCGUCCAUUGCGACACCCCUCCGAAGCUCGGCCCUGCCGACAGUGGACAAUCAGACGGACGACAUUAACGGCACGCAGAGCUUUUCGGUUGCCAUCGAUCGCGUGUUUACGCAGUCGAGUCGUCUGGAUGGUGACGCCAUUGAAGAGUUUGUGCGCUGGCUGUGUGCCGUCUCCCUUGAUGAAUUGCAGGCCCCCGGCAACCCUCGCAUGUUUUGUUUGCAAAAGAUUAUCGAGGUGUGCAGCUACAACAUGGGCCGUCUGCGCUUUGAGUGGUCGCGCAUCUGGUCUGUGAUUGGCGAUUACUUCAACAAGGUUGGUUGCCUGGCCAAUUUGGACGUGGCUCUUUUCGCGGUUGACGUGCUGCGCCAAAUGUCCAUGAAGUUCCUCGAGAAGGGCGAGCUCGCCCAAUUCCACUUCCAGAAGGAUUUCCUCAAGCCGUUCGAGUACAUUAUGUCGCACAACAAGUCUGUGACGAUUCGCGACAUGGUUGUGCGCUGCCUGUGGCAGAUGGUGCAAGCCAAAGCCAAGAACAUCAAGUCCGGUUGGAAGAACAUUUUCUUUGUCUUUUCCAUUGCAGCCAGCGAUGAAGACGAGGGCAUCGUGUCGCUCGCCUUCCGAAGCGCAUUGUUGAUUCUCGAAAACCACUUUGAUCUCGCGGCCGAUAGUUUCCUCGACGCCAUGAACUGCCUGACCGAGUUUGCAUGCAACCAGGCCUACCCCGAUGUCAGCCAGGAUGCCGUUCGUCUCAUUGACGUCUCUGCCAUGCGCGUCGCGCACAAUCCCACCCUCUUUACAGAGUCUGAGCAGUCGCUUGCCACCGACGGCGAGGAUCGGCUCUGGGUUCGCGGUUGGUUCCCGAUCAUCUUUGCCCUGUCGCGCAUCAUUAAUCGCUGCAAGAUUGACGCCCGGACACGUGCCCUUGAUGUGCUGUUCGAGGUGGUCAAGACGUACGGAGCUGAUUUCAAGCCACAGUGGUGGCGCGAUCUUUUUGCCGUGAUCUUCCGUAUCUUUGACGAUAACAAGAUGCCCGACUCUGUCGCUGAACGGAACGAGUGGAUGAACACGACGUGCAACAGCGCCGUGUUCAAGGUGGUCGAUCUGUUCUCGCACUUUUACGAAACCCUGUCGGCCAUUCUGCUUGCCGAUCUGUUUGACUGUUUGCAUUGGUGCAUCACCCAAGACAAUGAGCAACUUGCUCGGUCUGGCAUUCAUUGCUUGCAGGUCUUUAUCAUGACGAACGGACCCAAGUUCGAUGCGGAUUACCAGCAUCAACUCUUGCAACAGCAACAGCAGCAGCACCAGCACCAGCACCACCAGCACCACCACACUGACGCGGAAGAGCCUGAGCAUGGUCGCGAGCCAGCCGUGCCAAAGGAGCGAGUGAUCAACUUUACAUCCAUCAUUAUCAAGUGUGUCGUGCAGCUUGAAUUGAUUGCGGCCGUGGAGCGCGUGCUCUUCAACUCGAUUGAUUCCUUGACGGCUGCCGAAGCGACCACCCCAACGCCAGCACAGCCUGCUGCCACUGCCUCGUCCGCGGAACCAAAGACGGCCGUUCCUACUUCAGACGACGCCGCUGCCGCCGGUACGGCUUUGGCUGUCGAUCCAAACGCGCUCGGCUCCUUCCGGUUGAUGGCCAAUGGCAACAUUAGUGUGCUGCUUGAGUGCUUGGAGCAAGCCCAUGACUUUGCCAAGCGCUUUAACGGCAACUACGAUUUGCGCACUGCCUUGUGGAAGGCCGGUUUCAUGAAGCAAAUGCCCAAUCUCUUGAAGCAAGAAACGACCAGUCUCGCAGCCACUCUCAAAGUUCUCUUCCGACUCUUCAACGACGAUGCCCGCACUGAAAUGUGGACGGCGGCGGAAUCUCGCAUCUUGAUUCUGGGCCAGUCCGUGUUCAAGUACUAUUGCACCAUUGCGGCCGAGAAGCAACGCGAUGUGUGGAACCCUGUUCUCAUCCUGCUGCUCGACUCCAUUUCCCGCCUUACAGAUGCACGGUUCCGAAAGCAAGUUCAAUCCCUCUAUCCCUAUAUUGUCAAGAGCCUUGCGUUCGAGUUGAAGCCAAACCUGCGAGUGUCCAUUCAACGUUUGCUGGAACGCACCGGUGCUGAAUUUGGCAUUGUCGUUCCAGCCACCGCUCCGUAA